GCAUAAAAUGUUAGUAUAAUAGUAACUUUUUCAUAAUGUUAAGUCUUUUCAAAACAGUAUUCUUAUUAUAUUUUUAUAGUGUAUUAGUAGAAUGUUCACACCCAGGAAGUCUAUCUGUUCGUAAACUUAACCGACAAUUAAUUGCAAGAAAACGACAAAACACUCUGGACCUAUGUCAAAUGUUUAAUGUUGAAAACGAUAAGGUGCAAAGUGAACUUCUGAGUCACAAUCGAGUUAAAAGAGCCGCUCCGGCGGUGGAUCCUGCAGCCAGAGUAGAGAACAUCAUCGACAAACUCUAUGAUGAACCAGAGGAUGGGGAAAAGGUCGAAUACAGAAAGAAAAAUGUAACCACUACCGCUAAACCCGAGGCAGUAAAAUCCGGAAGAAGGUUCGAUUUCGCUCCAGCCGUUUUGGAUGUCAAUAUCAUAGAGGAAAGAGAUAAAGAUAACAAACUGACGCUAGACGGGAAAACAGUUCCGGUACCAUGGCACAAGUAUUGGAAACACGGCAUUAUCCCGUAUUUCAUCGACUCAAACACAUACGAUACGUUCCUAGCUGAAAAAAUAACGAAAGCUUUCGACAACUUCGAGCAAAGUACCUGCAUACGUUUACAACGACUGAGAGAGAGGCCCACGGACAAAGCAUCUUUACAAAAUGUCCAAUGGCUGUACAUCACUAACCCUUCUGGCACUCGGCAGUGUGUGCAUAGCAACGAGAUGAAAACGAUCUCAGGAGUUCAGUGGGUAGUAUUCGGGUACGACUGUAUGUCCGAAGGUCAGAUCAUGCACGAAGUCAUGCACAUCCUCGGUUUCUCUCACGAGCACGUUCGCGAGGACCGUGAUCAAUAUAUCAGCGUCAUGUGGGACAACAUUAAACCAGGCUAUAAGAAAUUCUUCGAGAUCAAGCGCCGCCCUGCGAUAUUAUCUUCUCUUUCCUACGACUACGCUAGUGUUCUCCAUUACCCGCCAAGAGCAUUUUCCAAAAAUGGGAAGUACACCCUUGUUGCUGAGUCUGGAAUCGACUUUGGUCAGCGCGUGGGACUAAGUGAGAUAGACAUAGAAAAGGUAUCAAUGAUCUUUGGCGGCGAGUGCAUAGACCGAAACAAGCACUACUUAAAAACCACCUGCCCUACAGUCAUCGCUUCGGGACAACAGAAGGAGACAAAGAAAGCGACACAGGCAGAAAUUGAUGAUUAUUUCCGUGACAGAUUAUGGCCGUACGGAAUAGUUAACUAUAAACUCAAAGACCGGAUUGAGUUCUCUAUUGAAGAAAGACAAAACAUCGAAGAAGUCAUAAAACAUAUCGAAAAGGAAACUUGUAUUGAAUUCAGAGAUUUUGGAAAAGAGGAUGACGCCGAUACGACCACAGCAAAUAAUGAUGUGAUCGAGGCCGAUGACGGCAAUCAAAUAUCAACGAAGAACGAAGGAGUUAAAGUACUGGUUCAAGAAGAAAACAGAAUAUAUCAGAGCUCAUCGUCAACGGAAUCAAAGGAAUCAGGUUCAUCAGGUUCAUCAGAUUCAUCGGAGUCAUCUAUCUCAGUAGAAUUCAAUAAACUCUCACAAAAACAAUCUCACAAUAAUACACUCUUACAGAAUAAUGAUGUUGGCUUAUGGGAUAAUAUGACAAGAAAAAAUGCUAUUACCAAUAAUGUAGAGCCAGUUAAUGACAAGACAUCUAAAAAGGACAAUUCUAAACAAAAAAUUAAGUCAGAAAGCAAACGUUUCCGCAGAGCCGUGCCCCCAUCGCCAGCGCGACGGCACGCCGACGAUUUCUUGGUGCUGACCCGUUCACCGGAGCCGGGCUGCCGGUGCCCUGAGCCUGGGCGCGCCAGCGCAAAAAAGGAGCUGGUGAUCACGGUGGACUGCUUCAACUCUGUCAACGACCUGCUGCACGUGUUCAUGCACGUGCUCGGCCUGGACCAUCAGCACAACUCGCAUGACCGAGACGACUUCCUCGCUAUCAACUGGGCUAACGUGUCUAGGACUUUAGAAAAGGAAAUGGACACCAAGCUACCGCCCGCAGCGUCCGUUGGCUUCGCCUACGACUACCAGAGCGUGAUGCACUAUCCCUGUCUCGACAUCACUAAUGGUGUCACCAGCAUCAUGUAUCCUAUAUGGAACGACGGCUGGGCUAUGGGUCACUGGCAAGGUCUAAGCUCUAUCGAUGUACAGAAACUGAAUCUGCUGUACUUCGGGCAGUGCCAAGCGAGGAAGAAAGCCAUGGCUGAUUUAUUAAACAAAAAUAAACUUUGAUAAAAUUUAA